AAAUCUUUUAAACUUUAGAUUUUCUAGACUUUUAAAACUUCUUCGCAAAAUAUUUUUUAAUAAACCUAGAAACUACAAAAUAAGGGAGUUAGAGAUGUUUCUUGAGUGGGGAGCUCGUUUUCUUUUAGCUAUGUUUUAGCUAGAGAAAUAGAAAAGAAAAGAAAAUACCGCGCGGAAUUAUAGAAAAGUCUAUUUCCGAGAUUAUAUUUUCUGACUUGGUCGGUUUUUACAUUACUGCGCCGAUUCGUUCGCUGUCUUAAUUUUAAAAUAGUAAAGGAGUGAAAAAAUGGCAUUCUGUGAAAAAUUAAGAAGAUUUUUUAUCGUGUGCGCGAAUAUCAACCCGACGAUAAACGCGAGUGUUUAUAUUUCAUUAUUAAUAAAUGAAGAAGAAACAAAUUGUAAUCAUCACAUUUGCAAAAUUCGUACCGGAGUGUUCGAAAACCCUAUUGAGCAUUAUGUUCAGAUUAGGGUAUUUCGUGGACAAAAGACUUUUGAAUAUUGUAAAAGAAUAUAUAACCGGUGCAAUAGCUGGUGUGGGGGAGGAUGAUGCUGGCGGACAUAUCGCUUAUUUUACAAGGUGCACCGGAGGAGCGAGAGAUAACAUCGCGAUUGUACAUCCGUACCAACUACAAGGAUUGAGAUGCCCCGCCGAAAACGAGGCGGAAGGAGUAAAUGAGCGACGAGUGCGAAUGCGGAUAGACGUGUAAUCUGAGAAGGGUAUCCCAACGGUUGAUCUAGGUAAGAAAAUAUCUUUCAGGUAAGAAAAUAGCAAAUAUUGCUUUCAAAAUUAUCUCACUGAAUAUCGAAUUCAAUUAAUAAAAGCUUUUGUUUCAGAUGCGGAAGAAAAUAUCGAUGAUGAGCCGACUCUGAGCGAAGCCGACACCGAAAUUUACACACCGCAUGACAAACGACCUGGAUGAAUCCGAAUAUAGAGAAGAAAAUGAGGGGGAAAACGAAGAAGAACAAAAAGAAGAUGUAGAUGAAGAAGGAGAAGAAGUUGAUGAA